GUUUCCUUUUCAACUAAGCAAAAAUCCAAAUUUCAACCCUCAUUAAUACCUUAACCAUAUUACUCCAAACUUCCAUAAUAAUCGCAUUCAUUGCAACAUUUUCACUUCCCCAACUCCCAAACUCUCUCUUUCUCUCUCCUCCGACUGUCAAAUUUCCCACAAAAAUCAACAAAAAUAUCAACUUUUAUAAGAUACCCAGAAAUCAAUAAUCUUUCCCAGAAAUAAUCAGACAAUCAUAUAUACUGAGUAUUUUUCGUGUUAAUUCAAUUCAUAAUCAAUAUCAAUUUCAAUGGGGUGUUCAGCCUCAAGACUUGAUACUAUAUUAUCAAAAGCCAUUGAAGACCCAUCAUUUUCUCUCUCCUCUCAUAACUCAUAUUCUUCCAUUUCUUCUUCUUCAACAACAACAACACAUGCUGCAUCUUCAUCAUCUUCGUCUUCUGCUAAUUCAUCUGUAAUUCCAAAAACUCGCUCACUUUCUGUGCCACUUGUUCAUCAUCCUGCAACUCGUAAAGGUGACACAAACCAUCUUGUUUCUCUCACUUCAACAACUUAUGGGUCUCUUAUUGUCGUCGAUAAACAGUCUUUUUCCGGCGAAAUUGAUGAGUUUUCCGGCAAGUCUUCGCCGGAUUCCGUUAUUAAUACUUGGGAACUUAUGGAAGGUCUUGAGGAAGAGGAAAACCAUGGGUUUAAUCGUGAUUCUGGUAAUGGUUUUAAGGUUAAAAGUUUGAGUUUAUGUGAUUUUGAAGAUGCCCAGAAAAUACCCACUUUGAGAUUAGGGUUAAAUUUUUCUGAUUCUGUUAAGAAAUUGAGUGACUCUUAUGUGUUUGUUGAAAUGCCUCAACCAAAAGUUGAGAAAGAUUAUAGUAGUAAUAAUAGUAACUUGAAUAAUUCUAAACCUUUGUGGAAACUUUUGUCUGAGGAGUCACUUCUUUCUAAGAUGGACCCUAAUGUUUCUUCUAGCUAUCAAAGGGCAUUGUCAAGUAAAAACUUAGGUUAUGAUUCAUCUAGGAGGAUGAAUAUGUCGGUUGAUUCGAGUCCGAUUGUUUCUAUGAUUAAGAGUGUGGAUUCUAGUUCUAGCCCUUUGGGUUUGAAAUUAAGUGUUGGUGAUGAUAAUGCUUGUAAAGUGGGUGGUUGUGAGGACAAGAUUGUGCUUUAUUUUACUAGUUUGAGAGGGAUUAGGAGGACUUAUGAAGAUUGUUGCGCGGUUCGAUUGAUACUUAGAGGGUUUAGAGUGAUGGUGGAUGAAAAGGAUAUAUCUAUGGAUUCAACUUAUAGGAAGGAAUUGCAAAGUGCACUUAGUGGGAAGGCAAUGAGCUUGCCUCAACUUUUUAUUGGAGGGAAGCAUGUAGGAGGUGCUGAUGAGAUUAAGCAGAUGCAUGAAAGGGGAGAAUUGGAGAGGCUUUUGGAUGGAUUUCCUACCCAAGAUUGUGGGUUUGUAUGUGAUAGUUGUGGUGACGCGAGGUUUGUUCCUUGCUCGAAUUGUAAUGGAAGUCGGAAGGUUUUUCUAGAAGAGGAAGGACGAACAAGGAAGUGCCCUGACUGCAAUGAGAACGGGUUAGUUCGUUGCUCGGGUUGUUUCCCAUGAAUGCAGCUUCCAUGUCAUUCAUUUUACUAUGAAACUCCAUCAGUUUCUUGGUAGUAAUUAUUUCGCGUAUUUGUUAAUGCUUAGGUCUUGAUAUGUCCUUUAAUCUUAUCUAUCUUUAUUUUCUAUCAAUGGUAGCAUCCUAAACUUGAUGGCUUGUAAUUGAAUUUUGUAUAAUGUAAAGUUGUAGGGAAGGCUGAUCAUUUCUCUUGA